GAAAGGGGAAGGCUGCAGAAAAGUGUGGGCUGGGUUAGACUGCUAGCCACUUAAAAAGGAGCCGGCUGUGGCGGCUCAGCAUUUAAGGAACCGACAGAGGCAGUAGGAGAAGAGAAGCAGGAGGGAGACUUGGAUGAGAAAACCCCAGGGAAGGUGUUAGUUACUCUACUCUCACAUCAACAAGUGUAUUUUUAGCCUUCUCUACUUCUCUCUAGGGCCGGAAUGGCCAGAAUGCUUUGGGGAGCGGUGGUGGUGCUACUGCCACUCUUGGGACUCUGUCAUUUUGUCCUGCCGCCCGAGUGGGGGCCAGGGACCUUCCCUGCCACAGAGGCCGGGGCCAAAGACUUUGUCACUGCCUACAAUACCGUGGCUGAGCUGGUCAUCUACCAAAACCAAGAGGCCAGCUGGACAUACCAGACCAACAUUACGCCCCACAACGCCGAGAAAAAGGUGGAAUCUGAUGGGAUGAAGCAGGCCUUCACAGAAGCCUGGGGGAAGAAGGCCAAAGAUAACUUCUCUCCUACUGUGUUGGCCACCUUCAACACUACUCUGCAGAGGCGUCUCAAGAAGAUCAACAUCCUGGGAGCGGCUAACCUACCUGCAGGAGAAAGAAAUGAGUACAACGUCAUACUAAGCAAGAUGUCUGAAAUAUACUCUACUGCCAAAGUGUGUCCAAAGACUAAUGAAUGCUGGUCUAUUGAGCCAGAGCUGACAGAGACCAUGGCCAACUCACGGAGCUACAAGACACUGCUGUAUGCAUGGGAGGGUUGGCACAAUGCAUCGGGUGUGCCACUCAGGGCAGAGUAUACAAAGUUUGUGGAGCUUAGCAACAAGGCCUAUAAAGCUGACGGUUUCGAUGACACGGGAGCAUACUGGCGUUCGUGGUACAAGUCAAAGACUUUUGCGAAUGAUCUGGAGGCUAUUUACAAACAGGUGCAGCCGCUCUACCAGAAUCUUCACGCCUUUGUGCGCCGCAAGCUCUACGACCAUUACGGACCGAAAUACAUCAAUCUUAAAGGACCUAUCCCUGCUCACCUGCUAGGAAACAUGUGGUCGCAAACCUGGAACAACAUCUAUGGCAUGAUGAUCCCCUUCCCCGGCAAACCCAAUGUGGACGUGACCGAUGAAAUGGUGGCCAAAAACUGGAAUGCUACUCACAUGUUCCGGGUGGCUGAGGAGUUCUUCACCUCCCUCGGCCUCAUCAAAAUGCCCCAAGAGUUCUGGGACAAGUCUAUGUUUGAGAAGCCAGAAGGUCGCGAGGUGGUGUGUCAUGCAUCUGCCUGGGACUUCUACAAUAGAAAGGACUUCAGGAUCAAACAGUGCACCACAGUCAACAUGCAGCAGCUUUUCACAGUGCACCACGAGAUGGGCCAUGUUGAAUAUUACCUGCAGUACAAGGAACAACCUAUAAACUUCCGCCGCGGUGCUAACCCAGGCUUCCACGAGGCCAUUGGUGAUGUCAUGUCCCUCUCGGUGUCCACACCUAAGCAUCUGGCCAGCAUCGGCCUAUUGUCUAACGCGACCAAUGACAACGAGAGUGACAUCAACUACCUGCUGAAGAUGGCUCUGGACAAGAUGGCCUUCCUUCCCUUUGGCUAUCUCAUUGACCAGUGGAGAUGGAGUGUGUUUAGUGGGCGCACCCCCCCAGAGCAAUACAACGCAGACUGGUGGCACCUCAGGACAAAAUACCAGGGUAUAUGUCCACCCACCAAACGCACAGAGGAGCACAUGGACGCUGGAGCCAAAUAUCACAUUCCAGGAAACACCCCAUACAUUAGGUACUUUGUGAGCUUCAUUCUGCAGUUCCAGUUCCACAAGAAGCUGUGUCAGGCAGCCAAUCAGACAGGACCCCUGCACACAUGUGACAUCUACCAGUCCAAGGAGGCUGGAAACAUUUUAGAGACAGUCCUUAAAUCCGGAGAAUCCAAGCCCUGGGAACAGGUGCUCCAGGAUGCCAUCGGGACAAACAAGAUUGACGCCAGCUCCCUGAUGGAAUACUUUGGUCCCAUCAUCACAUGGUUGAAGGAACAGAAUGCAGCAAUGAAUGAGACCUUGGGCUGGCCUGACUUUAACUGGGUUCCACCCAUACCGGAGGGCUACCCCGAGGAUAUUGACAUGAUUGCAGAUGAGGUGCAGGCGAAGAAUUUCCUGGAGGAGUACAACAGCACUGCGGAAGUGGUCUGGAAUGCCUACACUGAGGCAUCAUGGGCCUUUAACACCGAUAUCAAUGAGAAGAACAGGCAGAACAUGCUGCAGAAGAAUUUGGACAUGUCUAACCACACACUGACCUACGGAAAGGAGGCCCGCAAGUAUGACACCACAGACUUCCAGGAUGGGGCCAUGAAGCGUAUCUUGAAUAAACUCGGUGACAUUGAAAGGGCCGGACUUCCCGACGAGGAACUGAAAGAGUACAACAAUUUGCUGGCCAACAUGGACACCAAGUACAGUGUGGCUGAGGUGUGCAGAGCCAAUGGGACCUGCCAUCCACUGGACCCAGACCUCCAGAAGAUCAUGGCUGAGUCCAGAGACUACGAUGAGCUGUUGUUCGCCUGGCAGGGCUGGAGAAAUGCCUCUGGCAGAGAACUGCGACAGGACUACAAGAGAUAUGUGCAACUGGCCAACAAAGCUGCCGCUCUUAACGGACAUUCUGACAAUGGAGCGUUCUGGCGCUCCAUGUACGAGACCCACUCCUUUGAAGAGGAUCUGGAGCAUCUGUGGAAGGAGCUGGAGCCCCUCUAUCUCAAUGUGCACGCCUACGUGCGCAGGUCUCUUUACAGGAAGUAUGGAGGCAAACGCAUCAACCUGAAGGGACCCAUCCCUGCACAUCUUCUAGGCAACAUGUGGGCGCAGACCUGGUCUGGCAUCAUGGACUUGGCCAUUCCGUACCCCGAUGCCACUCAAGUAGACGCGACACCAGCCAUGAUAGCCAAGGGCUGGAAUGCCACCAGGAUGUUCCAAGAGUCAGACAACUUCUUCACUUCUCUGGGGCUAUUGCCCAUGCCUCCAGAGUUCUGGGUCAAGUCCAUGUUAGAGAAACCCAAUGAUGGACGCAACGUGGUAUGCCAUGCCUCCGCCUGGGACUUCUACAACCGCAAAGACGUCAGGAUCAAACAGUGCACCGUGAUAACCAUGGAUGACCUCAUCACAGUGCACCAUGAGAUGGGUCAUGUGCAGUACUUCCUGCAGUACAAGGACCAACCUAUUUCCUUCCGCGACGGCGCCAACCCAGGCUUCCACGAGGCCAUUGGUGAUGUGCUGGCCCUGUCCGUUGCCACUCCCAAGCAUCUAAAGGAGAUUGGUUUACUGGAUGUGGUGGAGGACAACCCAGAGAGUACGAUCAAUUACCUCAUGAGCAUCGCCCUGGACAAAAUUGCCUUCCUGCCCUUUGGCUACUUGAUGGACCAGUGGAGGUGGAAAGUGUUUGAUGGACGCAUCUCUCAGGGGGAGUACAACAAGGAAUGGUGGAACAUGAGAGUGAAGUACCAGGGUGUGUGUCCACCUGUGGCCCGUACUGAGCAGGACUUUGACCCAGGUGCAAAGUUCCACAUCCCUGCUAAUGUGCCCUAUGUCAGGUACUUCGUGAGCUUCAUCAUCCAGUUCCAGUUUCAUCAGGCUCUGUGUAACACCGCCGGGCAUGUCGGCCCUCUCCACCAAUGUGAUAUCUACCGCUCCAAAGAGGCAGGGAAACUUCUAGGUGACGUGAUGAAGCUGGGUUUUAGUAAGCCCUGGCCUGAAGCGAUGGCUAUGAUCACUGGAGAGCCUAUCAUGUCCGCCAAGCCACUGGUACAGUACUUCAAACCUCUCACUGAUUGGCUGGAGGUAGAGAACAACAAGAAUGGCGAGGUCAGAGGCUGGCCGGAAUAUGACUGGAAACCACCACGUGACGGCUCAGAAACAUCUCCCCCAGCCCCAACCCCAAUCCCAGUUCUAGAUAAUGGUAAAGUGAACUUUCUGGGCAUGAGUCUGGAUGGUGCAGCGGCUGCAGCAGGCCAGUGGGUCCUACUGGUCCUGGGCCUGGUGCUCCUAGUGGCCACCAUCCUCCUGGGCUACAAGUACAAGAAAUCAAAACGAAGAAAUCUGUCCUCAUCUGAGCUGGAGCUGAAGUAAGGCUGCACGUACUACUCUAUUGGGAAAAUCACAUUCCCCCGGUAACAGCAGUGUCAUCAUCAGUGUUUGUACCAUGCAUCCUGAUUGGUUUUGUUUAUUAUUUUGGUCUGCUUCUGCCAUAUGUUGGAUGUCUUGUAUAUUUAUUGUAUAAAUUUGGAAUCUAAAUCAUUUUUACUAUGCAAAGAACAAAUAAUCUAACAGUCAUGUAAUUUAUUUGUAAUAGUUGAAACACUGAACAAAUGUUUCAACUGAUUGUUUGUAAAGUCAUUAAUUGUGUAUGCAUUGUUUUAGGAAAUAUAUAUAUAUUUUUUUUUCAUUCAAUACUUUGCCUUUUGAGAAUAAAGAGAGAGGAAUGUCCAUUUGCUCUCUAUUCAUUGGUUAAUGAGGUUCUGUGUGGCAAGAUAAGAUGGAUAAAACAAUUGAAUAGCAAUGUGUUUAAUCGAGCAGGUAAUGACAAGUUGUAUAUUCAAUCAAAUAAUGGGUAUUAAUAACGGGUAAAAACUGUUUAAUUACAAUACAUUGACACUGCAUGGUAUAAAAUAACACUACAGUGACGACCCGUCUUUCAGGCAGAGCCCCACCUGUUUUGAGUCCCACAUUUUAAGCAAAAAAAUAAUAUAUUUUUAUAUAUAUUUUUGGGGGGACUUGCCUGUUUUGCAUGUUAUUUUGGCAUUAAUACGUAUCACAUCAGUUUCCAAACACUGUAAAAAUAUAUAUAUCAUUGUGUUAAUAAAGCUGCAUGCAAACAUG